CAACUGCUCCAUGCCGAUGGCGGUGAGAAGGAUGUGAUGCUGCGCUGGAUGUAUUGUGAGAAAGUUCCCAGAUGGCAGACUCUGAUGGAACAGGAGGUUGUGACAGCAGCCAUCAUGCCAGUGAAGCAGAAAGAGUUAGUUUUGAGGGAAUCAAUGCCUUGGGACAAACAGAGGAAUUAGGGGGAGGAAUUUCUCCACUGUACAAUCCCUGGACACAAUUCACUGGUAUGCCUACUCACAACAUUUCAGAGUCAGCAGGAACCUUUGCCUGGGAUGUUUUCACACCUUCCAGUACCUCUAAUUCCUCAUACGGUGCCUCUAUAGGAGACCUGGACAUAAACAGUCACAGAAACUUCCUCUCUAAUUGUCAAAAUUUACUUUCUGGCAUUGGGACAAACCCCCCUGCAGAAGCUCCAUUACAAGAGGGUUUUAGUCCACCAGAAACAUUGAGCUCAAGUUUUCAAGAAAAUGCCAAAGAAGGAAAGGAAAAAUAUGCAGAAGCUGUUGCCAAUUGGAAGUCCUUGUAUGACCCUUUUGGAACCCCUGAACCACUAUCCAAAGAUCACAAUACUGGUUCUGUCAUAGAAAAUACAGAGAAACAACAAAAUCCUGGAGCGAGCAACAGCAAGCCUACAUAUUCUGACAUUGCUAAAGCCCUUAAAUCAAUGCCUAUAAAAAAUCAGCCUAGUAAAGACACUGAAGAGUCCGAUACUGUGAAGAAAAAAGUUAAUGACCCUGUCAGUAAAGUUUAUAAACCACAUGUUUUAACCAGAAGGCCACACUUGCAACGCCAGCAUUCCAAAAGUCUGCCUGGUCACGGGGAUGACAUGGAGUCCAAGGUUUCUCCAGAUUCCAAGUAUGGCCUUGACCAGUUUGAAGACUUGAACUCGGGUGAUGGUGGAGUAGAGAAACAUAAGAGUGUGAGUAUGGAAAGUAUUCCACUACUGACAAGGAAGGGAAGCACAAGCAGCAUGAGCAGUGGCACUAGUGGAAUAGAAGACAUCUCCUUGACGUCUGGUCGGACUGGCUGCAAUAUUAAACAUGAAGAAAGUGUCGGCAAACCAAGAUCACAAUCUGAUGCUUCAUCAGAGAAGGUAGUUAACAAUAAUAAAAGUUCUGCUUCAAAAGCUUUCUUCGAUGCCAGACGAAUUUUCCAAACAAAAGAAAAAAGAGUAGCAGAGUCAUCUUCAGGAGCCUCUAAUACAAUGCUCAACAAUGGAAAGCCAGCUAGUGGUACAAAAUCUUCCUCAUCUGCUCACAAAAAGACAACAGAGUUCAUCAACAAUGACCUUAGAGACUCGACUAGAAAGAAGACAAACCAGAAUGCACAACCCAAAGACUCAGAGUGUAAAAAGCAUGAAAAUAUUGUGCAGAAUGGGAAGGCAGACAAAAAAUCUAAGCACUCCAGUGGUCAUUAUACAUCAGAUUCCACGGGUCCUGCCACUAGGAAUGGUAGAGGUGGACGCAGACCCAUGUUUUUGGAGUCAACAUUUGACCAGGAGUAUAUAGAUGAAUGGAUUAACUAUGUCUAUGACAAGGUGCGAUACCUUCUCUCCAUCCUAUGGUCUACUCUGGUCACAACACUGCUUCUUCUCUUUGGACUUAUCAUCUACCUAGUCAAUGUGAUUGUUCAUGUGAUUGGCAUUGCUUGGUCAAAAAUUUCCUACCUGGUGAAAACCUAUAUUUUGAAAAGAUAUUUCAAAGAUGCCAGUUCCUGGCCAACAGGAAGUGGAACAAGAAAAAUUGGAUUGGAAGAAAGCAUAACUUUGCCCUCUACAGGUGAUGAAGCCAUGCAGAGGCUUUUAGCUUGUAAAGGGAAAGAUCCAUAUAGUAUAUUAGGACUACGCUCUGAUGCCUGUGAUGAUGAUAUUAGAAAGUAUUACAGAAAACAAGCUGUUCUUGUACAUCCAGAUAAGAAUAAGCAGCCAGGUGCAGAAGAGGCCUUUAAAAUUUUAGGACAUGCUUUUGAAUUGAUUGGUGAACCGGAGAAACGCAAAAGCUAUGAUUUUGAAGCUACAGAGGUUGAAGUGGUUUUAAAAGACCUAUUGACAAAAUUACAGGAGGCAGCUAACAUGAUGCGUUGUGACAAUUGUGGCGGGAAACACAAGCGUACGUUAGUGGAUCGACCCUGGUACAGUGCACGUUUCUGUAAGAGAUGUAAUAUACGCCACUCAGCUAAGGAGGGAGAUGUAUGGGCAGAGACUUCCUAUUUAGGUUUCUUAUGGCAUUACUAUGCAUGCAUGGAAGGACAAAUUUUUGACAUUACAGAAUGGGUAGCCUGCAAGAAAGAUUUCUUUAAACAUAUGCAAGCCAGUGCCCAUCAUGUGUUCUAUAGGAUAGCAACUGAGGGCAGUCGAGGAAAUUCCAAUCAACAGAGGACAGGGGAAGCAGAUUUAGAAGAUUUCAUCAAUCAUUUAUUCCAUCAAGCCAUGCAUACUGACGGAAAUGGUAACCAAUGGCAACAACCUCAGACCCCUCAGCCUCCUCCCUCGCAGAAUGGUCCGAAUUGGAACACAUCAGCCCCCACAGGGAAGAAGGGACGGAGAAGGAAGAAGAAGCAUUAAUAGCAUUGCUUGUACCCUUAUACAUUUGUAAUGUCUGUCCGGUGCUGGUACUUCUCUGUCAACAAUCAGCUCUUCACAUUCUGUACUAUGUUUGACUAAUAUCCAUUUUAUACAUGGCUUUAGCUGUGUUAUGUUUGGAUAUCAUGUUUUCAGAAGCUACUGUCAAGUGGAAAUUUCUGCCAAUUUAUGCUUUUGAUUUGCUUUAAACAGUUUGGGAUGUGAAUGGUCUUGUAUUUGUAAUGCUGCUGUAAAAACUACAUUGUGAAAUGGAUUUGUCAUCACAUAUCUUUUGUGUUUGUUUUCAAAAUUAAAUGUAAUAUUUGCUUAUAUUGUGCAGAAAAGUUCCACACACUGAUAUAGAUAUUAAUACACAAAUACUUGCCAGAACAUUUUUGUUUAAUGUUCCUUUACUAUUUGUUAUUGUGUUCAUUACCCAUUUAUCAGAUUUAUGAUCUUUGUUGUACAUCUUGGAGAAUCACAUUUGAAAUCUUAAUAAUAAUAGAUCAGUUUAAUUGCAGUUGUUCAGAUAUACUUAAGAUUAUUCUGGAAAUGAAGAUAUAUUUGAGGUGUUGGGACUUCAUCUGCUAUGAAAAGCAUACUUGUUUCCAACUGUUACUCAUCUAUCAUAACUGGGAAACAAAUUUACUAGAAGAUAACAAGUGUGAAGAGCUGGUUGUGAUCAGAUAGUGCUGACACUAGUCUGCAAAGUUCAAUUUCAUUUGCACUUCAUUAUUUCAAACGCUAAUAAUUCAUGUUGUAUUUAAUGGUGUGAUACAUGUACUUGAUUAAUGAAAGGCCUUAAUAAUAGACUCAUGUUUUGCUGGUCUUAAUUUUACCAAUCAAUAGCAAUCAUUUAUAUGCGCUAUGUUGUGUAAUGUGUGAAUGUGCCAAAUAAGCAUUUCUUUUCUUCAGAGGCUUGGUUUAUUGUACAAGUUGAAUGUGCAUAUGUAACAUAAUUUAGUGAUGAUUUUGAAUUAAGAUAACUAAACAAAAAUUAUUUCAAAGCAAAAGAUACUUGUGACUGUACACUAUUAGUAAGAUUUAUAAACAGUGUGAAUACUACUACAAUAGUAUUAUAAUGUAUUGUCAUUUUACAUGCAUACAUUUUUUGAGAAUAAAUUAAAAAUGUGUUAAAGCCAAGCAGACAGAUAAAUUUUCACAAAGAUUUGUACUAAAUACAAUUUUGUACAUCCACUGGUAUCAAUUUCUGUAUUGUAAAACUUUGGAAUGAUUAUGAUAAAAAAUUCAUGCAGUAAAAUUUGAUUUAAGAGAGUGGUUUGAUAUACACAAAUCAAAGUCUUUUGAAUGGUAUUGGUUUUAGAGUGUUGUGGUACUGAUAUAUUUAAAUAAGAUUACAAAAUUUGUAAUGGUUAUUCCAUACCUAAAUACAUAUACAUCACAAGAUGAUAUCACUGCCAUACACAGUUGUCUAAAAGGCUUUUGACUAUCCGAGAAACUUUCUUGAUUAUGUCCAGAUGAUAAUCAAAAUGUGUUGGUAUUUUUUUCGUAGGAAGACAAAGUGGAAAAAAAAAAUUGCAUGAAUAAACAAACAUAUUUCUUGGUAGUCCGAACCUAUGCAGACUGACGUACUUGGGUAUUUAUAAACUUUUUAUAACCAGUAUUAUUAAUUUUAUUGGUGAGUGAUAUAUAAAGACACCAGUAGCAGGCAGUAUGAAAGGCUUUAGUAGGCAUUGAAGGUCCCGGUUAAUGUAUAGUACACUAGUACUACAUGUAAGUGUUCAAAUUACCUGUCUCAGUAAUAGAAAUAUAUAUAUAUAUAUAAUUUCAUUUACAUAGGAUAAAUUAUUUCCUUGUUCUUGCCCUAUUUCCUACAUUACUUCGUGACACUUUCAAUAAAAGCUGUCAUGUUUCUAGUGGGGGUGGGGGGUUGAAAUUAAAACAAUGCAGAGCAAAAUUACUGGAACCUAAUUAUACAAGUCUUGUUAAUAUUAGAUUCAAAUAGGUAAAUCUCUGCUGCUGGUGUGUAAUUAUACUAGUCAUUUAUCUAUUUGACUUGCUCAACUACCGGAGUCCUGUGAUUUAGUCUGUAAGCUACUUUAUUCUAGUUGUAAAUGUCAAUUUAUGAGUGAAACUCAGUUGUGCAAGGUUGUGAACUGGUUUUGUCAGUUGAGUAUGUCACUUUGACCACCCUUAAUCUUGUUAGCAGACUCAGUUGACUCAUAAUUGGAGCCCAGUUAAAUGAGCCCAAUAUUGCUUGAGCUCAGACAAGUAAGACUGCAGGGCAGUUGGGCAAUUAAAAAGCUGUUAAAUUAAGUUGCUUAUAUAUUAGGUUAUCAGAGGUGCUUAUACUAUUCCAAAGUGGUGAGUUCUUAUGAUUGUUCAUAAGGGUCACUGUGAAUUUGUUUAAUGGAAGAAGGAAGGAGUGGUAUAUUAUAUUCAUUAUUUGGAAGUUACAAAUCAAAUAAACUGAGAUAGAAAUGACAGAUAUCUGAUUGUUAAGGUAAAGAGAUAAGUUUCGCAAAAAUGGAAUAUUAAAACAAGACUACUUCUGCUCUACGAGAACAGCAACACAUUUUUUAUUCCUCUUUCAAAUGCAAUACACUUGUUAACUGUAAUACCUACCUACAAUGUACUUUACCUACAAACAUGCCUACUUAUGCAGUAACUAGGAGACAUUUGUAGGUUCUCAUCCCAGAACAACUUUUUUCGAGAGGUUGUUGGACAGAAUCAGAGGUAGGAAAUCUAAUUAGGAAUAGAAAGGAUUUCUUUACAGGUCCCAAGUUUCUUUUAUGGGAGUUAGUUUCUUUUUUUUUUUUUUUCUCAGAAUUAAGAAUUUUUGUGUUGCUCAUACUAAAUAUCUGAAGGCUAAGUGUUGGAUUGUUGUCGUGAAUGAUUCAGGAGCAAAGUAUUCCUAAUUGUGAAAUAUGAAAACAAGAAACCCUAUCAUGUAUGUGUUGAUUUGGGGAUAAUAGUUCAACUCAACAUUGUUUAUGCUUAUAAAAAAGUUACAAUUACAGAGUUUGUACUUGGCUGUUAAUACUUCUUUAGGUUACUGGCUUCAGUACCAAAUAUGUCUUCAAACUGAAAAUUUUAUUGUCUGUAUACUGUGUUGUCUAAUAUUUCUGGUUAAUUUUUCUGCUGUUUUAGUUACUAGUAAGUUUCUGUCAGCUUGUGUAAGAAUGAGUUUUACACAUUCCUUGUACUUCAUAGUUCUAAUGUGAACAUCUAUUGCUAAACACAAUCAUUACAAUACAUAUCAUGGUACAUUUGGUUUUCACAUUAUGGUGAAUGAAUCGGCACUCGUCCUUCCAUAACUACUUCAACAUCAUCAUUUUGGUAUUUAAAAUUACCAUCUCUCUGUUUCAAUAUAGUUAUAUGUUUGGUAAUACAUGUUUAAAGCUUGUGUCAUUUCAUCACAAUGAUAAACUAUAUCUCAUUAAAGAUCAUGUAUAUCAGUGGCUGUUUGACCAGAUAUAUAUUCUCUCGUAAUGGCUUUAAAUGUGCCUGAUUCUUGGGGCAAGAAGGCAUGCUUGUAAUGAGUUUUCAAGUAAACAUGUAUGCCUAUAGAUUUACGAGAAGAAUACGAUAGAUUUUUUUUUCUUUUUUCGAAAGGGUUUUAAUUUUUAAGGAAGUAAGCAAAUCGGGAACAAAGAUAUGAUGAAAAUAAAUCAUUAGAAAUAAUAUAGUCAAUUUAUGCUUUCAGUGAAAAUUUAUUCCAUAAUUUCUGUUUUUAAAUUUUGAUGAAUAAGUGAAAAUUUGAUCUAUUGAAAAAGAAGUGUUUACAGUUUGGUGAUUGGGUCAGUGACAGCAGUAUCCUUGUGUCACAUUCUGUGAGUAGUCUGGCAGGGAACAAUAUGAUGCCUUUGUUGAUUGAGAGUUGCUUGGUUUUGAGCAAUGACUUCACAUUGAAGUUGUAUUCUCCAUGCUGAUCAUUAAACAUAUUGAACAUUGUCACUCUAGAGUGAAAUCAUAUAAUUUAUCUUCAUUUAUUUGCAUAUUAUUUAUGUAGGUUAUAUUUGGAUGAGCAUCAUUCGUGAAACUGUAAUCAACAUACUGUGUUCAUCAGUUUAUGUUCAGUUAGUGAUAGUAGUAUGAUUUUAAUCAUUCAGUAUAAAGUUAAAUGCGGUUUGUUUGCCUUACUUAUGUAAAAUUCAUUAGUAUCAUGUUUAUUUGAAAGUCUAGAAGACAACAUUGGGAAUAGUUUGGGAAACACUACAUGUAUAUGGUACAUGUAGAUAUUGUGUACGUAGUACAUGUAAACAUAUUGUAUCUGACGAGUCAUUAAAAUGUAUGCAAAGUUGAA